AGUGACAAAAAGACAAAAUGUUUCAUCCUGACACACUUGUCUUACCUGUCCAUCUGGAUGUUGGGCACACCUUUUUCUGGCUUUUGCACUAUUCUUUAUGACACUCCUUCCUUCUGCAACAUUCAGAAAUUGUGAAAUGAUCAAACAGUUUUGAGAGCUUGGGUGGAAAACAAGAGGAUCUGAAUGACUGAUGGACACAAAUGCUUGUGUGGCUAACACGAUGAUAUAAAUGAAGGAUCUAUGGAACUGUAUAGCUUUACCAGUAACCAUCAUGGGUGAAAGUUGAACGUCUAGAGUGAGUCAGCUUGUAUGCAUACGCAUACCCAAUAUCUGAGUUGUCUCUACUCAUGUGUGCGCAUGUGGUAACAUAGAGUCCAAUGGCGGAGUUGAACCCUGUCUCAGACACUCAUGCAAUACUGGAAUCUAUGCUUCAGAAAUUACAACUGAAUGCUCAGACCAACAGUACCUCAGUCACUGAUAUGCAAACAUGCAGUCCGUCUGGAGAAUGUAAUGCUGGACCAGUGGAAGAUUCAUCUAAAACAACAGUUUAUCAGUUUGGAAUUUCUUCCAACGUUAAAGAGCCGAAUGGACGCACCUCAGUCUGGAAUAAGUGGGAGAAUCCUUGGACUCAACAAUCGUCUCAUUUUGAGGAUGCAUUGACUCCUGUUGCUAAACAACCGGUCAGAAGGAUCAGUAAAAACAACUCAGGAUUCUCUGGUAAACCUAAACGUCCACCAUUGAUUUGGGGGGAACACAAGAACUUUACAUCAGAGAGGUCUGGUGAUGUCACUUCCUGGGUCGGAGACGAUCAGAUGCCCGAGCCGGAGAAGAAGCAACCGUUUUCUCUGGACGGAGAAACCAGCUCAAAUGUGCCAUCUUUACACAAAACACAAGCCUUCCAAAACCACCCUUCUGAUCUUUUAGCUCCAACGCUAACAAAAAACCCAGAGGUCAGAGGUCAAAGUGGCACAUGGAGUUGGGGUGCUGGAAUUGAGAGAAAUGAAAGCACCAGAUUUCAUGAGCAAUCAGGAAAAACGACAAAGACAAGUAGGAGGAAGUGGGGGGAGGCUAAAAGGUGGGCUCAGAAUGUGAAAGAGAGAUGGAGAGAGAGACACAGAAGCACACUGACCAGACAAAGAGAUGAUGGAGAAAGACAAGCGCAGAAUGAAAGUAAUCGCUCUUCGUUAUCGGUGACCAUCGGUGUGAAUGAAACUCAUGAAGAGAUCAGCACAGCACUGGAUGAAGAUGGCCCUGGUUCACUCAGCUACAUGAGUGACAGUCUGUUCUCAUUUGGCACUACUUCAAAUUUAAUGGAGGAGAUCUUCAGCGGGACGGAGUGGGCUCAGUUUCUCUCAGUUAACAGCACCAAAAUGCACCAGUCUAAAGAGUUAGCUAAUAACCAAUCACGUGAAGAAGAAUUGCAAAGUAAAUGGACUCAUGAAGACACAAGCGAUUCCCAUUUAGAUUCGACUCAACCGUCGCUCCCAGAGAGCUUUGUACAAGAUAUGGCCUCCGAUAAACAAACCGAGAUGUAUCAAAUGAGUGUUUCUGAUCUCCCCACAAAUCCAUUACAAACUGACCCGUUUACAAACCAGUCACAAAACACCAAUCUGAACCCCAACGAAUCUCACAACAGUGAGCAAUCAAAUAGACAAUCACAUUUUUCCCAGCUUGAUCCAAAUGAAUCAAAGGCAACUGAGUAUAGCGAUCCACAGCCGAUGUCUAGUCAAGUGUCCGACCCCAGCCAUAACCAGCCACAAGAUGGGACAGAGGACUUUAUACCCCUCCUUGACCUUUCAUAUGCUAAGUCAAUACAAAGAUCAUCUGUAACAUCCCAUGGAUCUCUGAGCCGAAAAAGAGAGCACUGGACAAAAAGUAGGGAAUCGUUUGAACACACAACACAAGAGAUGGAGCACGAGGAGAACGGCGGCUCUUUCAUAGCUGCACAGCUGUCUUCAAACUCUGACCGCAGCCCUUCACCCGCAUCUUCCCUCAACUCACUGAACUCAAUCUCUCAAGACUCUGAGUCCUCUGAACCUUUGGAGACUGCGGUCAAAAAGAGGAGGAUGGAAGACACUCGACGCGUCCGAUUCUCUGAGGAGGUUAUCAUCAUAACACCCACCUACUUGCCCGAGUCUGAUGAUAAUGGUGAUGGUGAAGAAGACAAUGACGAUAAUGAUUGGCAAGAAGAAUCUUCUCCCCGUCAUUCUUUUCCUAAGUGGAUUGUGUCUUUAAAACCCAAAAGCGGAAAGUACAAAUUUUAACUCUCUUCACAUCUGACU